CACUUAACAUGCGUGACCGUACGUACAUGUCAAAGAAAACGAAGGGAGAAGGAUCCACAACUCCAUUCCUUCUCACGAUAAAGUACAAAGAAGCAGUAAACUAAGCCUCCGGAAGUCCAAGUGUCUCUAUUAUUCUAUAUUCUCGCAACGAACUAAUCCUCCCUCUUCUCUUAUCAAAGAGAGAGACCGAUCGAAAAUAAUAACACCCUGCAAGCCGAGCCAGGGCUGUCGGGAGAUCUGUGCUUAUGCCGCGGUGUGGCCGAAGACCAUUUCCGUGGAGGCUAAUAUCAAGAAUUCAAGAUGAUGCGAACGGAGGGGAAGGCGACGAGGAGCGCGAACCGAUCGUCGCCGUGGAAGAGCAGCUAUGUUGCAUACGGCCUGUUGCUGGGCUCCCUGCUCGUGCUACUCUACCUGAUGGUGUCGACGCAGCUCAGCUACAGCCAAAAAGCCUUGUUGGACUUGGACCCAGCGGCAAUCGAUUCAGCUGAAACAAUCCCUGUAAAGAAUCGAAGAAGCCAUCCGGGGCAAGCCACUGUAGAUGAUGCGAGCAGAGGAAUGGAGGAAUUCAGCAGGGAGGAGGAGGAGGCCAAGGCCAAGGCGCACACGGAACCAUCAACGCCACGGCGUCAAGAGAAACAGGACGAAAGCGAGCAGCAAUGGGCAGGGAGAAAUUCGAUCGAGGAACAACUAGGCAACGAAAUCAAAUCCGACAAUUGGGAGGCGAAAAGCCAGGCCAAGAACGAGGAGACGGCCGAAUCAAAGGAGUUCGGAGGAGGAACGGAUGAUUACAACAAUGUGGCCAACGCCAAGCCGAUCUGCGACACGUCGUUCGGCAAGUACGACAUCUGCGAGCUGGCCGGCGACACGCGAGCCCAGGGAGGCCCCGGCGCCACCGUCACGCUCGUCUCGCCGCGGGCUCCCCCGAAGGAGUGGCAGAUCAAGCCCUACUCCCGCAAGUACCUCGACGGGCUCAAGGCGGUCACGGUGAGGUCCGUUCCAAACUCCGGUGACGCCCCGCAGUGCACGACACAACUCAACAUCCCGGCGAUGGUGAUCGAGCUUGGCGGGCUCACCGGCAACUACUGGCACGACUUCACCGACGUCCUCGUCCCGCUCUUCAUCGGCGCGCGCCGCUUCAACGGGGAGGUCCAGCUGCUCGUCGUCAACCUCCUGCCUUUCUGGGUGGAUAGGUACAAGCGGAUCUUCGGCCAAAUCUCGCGCCACGACAUCGUGGACUUUGAAAACGACGACGGCGCCGUCCGGUGCUACCCGCACGUCGUCGUGGGCUACGGCAGCCGAAAGGAGUUCACCAUCGACCCCUCUCUCGACGAAACGGGCGGGGAUUACACCAUGGUUGACUUCACCAAGUUCUUAAGGCACGCGUACUCGCUGCCGCGUGACCGGCCGAUCAAGCUCGGCGACGUUCGCCCUCCCGGCGGGCGCCGGCGGCGUCCGCGAAUGAUCAUCCUGGAGAGGACCAACAGCCGGAAGAUCCUCAACCUCCCGGAGGUCAUCGCGGCGGCCGAGGCCGCGGGGUUCAAGGUGGUCGUGGCCGGGCGUCCGAAGGCGAGCUACGACGAGUUCACGCGGGAGAUGAACUCCUUCGACGUCAUGGUCGGCGUGCACGGCGCCGGGCUGACAAACUGCGUGUACCUGCCCACGGGGGCCGUGUUCCUGCAGAUCGUGCCGUACGGCCGGCUGGAGGAGAUCGCCAAGACCGACUUCGGGGACCCGGCCCGCGACAUGGGGCUCCGGUACAUCGAGUACAGCGUCGCGGCGGAGGAGAGCUCGCUGAUGGCCGUGUUCGGGAAGGAGCACCCCAUGAUCAAGGACCCCGCCGCCAUCCACCUGAGCGGCUGGGGGAACGUGGCGGAGUGGUACCUCGGCAAGCAGGACGUGCGCAUCAACGUGGAGAGGUUUAGGCCCUCUCUGCUACGGGCAUUGCAGCAUCUGCGGUAGAGAGUUUGAUUGAGCAAAGAUGAUAACAUUCUUUUUUUUUUGUUGUUGCUCGUGAUUGUGUACUUCCUCUGUUUAAUUGUAGUUAGAUUUUGAAAUAGAUGGAAUAGUCUACAGUACGGAUGAUAAUUAAUAUUGUCUUCAAUAUACAACAAUGAUAAUAAUUUUCCAUA